CCCUUUCCAAAUCGGGCAACACUGGUCCCAGAUUUGUGUGUGCCGGCAACGCAUGAGAACGUGUCGCAAAAUCUCAAUAAAUUAGUGAAAUCACCAUGUCGGACGAGUACUUUUAUGGUGUAACCCUAUCGUCAUCACAUCAGUCAGAGACAUGGGAUCCGGAAGCGAAAGCCGAGUAUCCACGCAGCAAUAAGCUAUUAAUUCGUCAGGCGCUGUUGGGGCCAGACGCUAAACCUGAUGAACUCAAUGUUGUACAGGUGGAAACCAUGUGCCUACAGGACUCAAUUAAGAUUCCUGUAGCUAUACUAAAAGUGGGCGAGACGAGGCACGCGCGCUUAGACAUCGAGUUCCCCGAUGCACCUGUUACAUUUACUCUUACUCAGGGCUCUGGACCAGUCCACCUUAUUGGACAACAUUUACUGGGCGCGCUUGUGGAGGAAUUUGAAGACAUGGAUGAGAUGGAAGAGGAGAUGUUGGAUGAAGAGGAAGGAGACGAUUCCCAAUUCAAGGAAGAUGAAAAUAAAAGGAAAGGAGCAACUGGAAAGCGCAAGGCAAAUGAGGAUGAAGAUGAUGACGAAGGCGAGCCCAAGGGUAAGAAAUCGAAAAUGUCCAACAAUGCCAAAGGCAAGGCCACCUCGCCCAAGAAGAAUGCAAAGAAGUGAACCGCCUCCAUGCCCGAGCACCGCUCACAACACACCUUCACUUAGACCAAUUCUGUUGGAGACUGAUUCCUACUUUAGGUAAAAUUACCUAUUACAAUUUACUUUAAGUCAGUUUCAAACUCGGUUCAAGAAAACAAUCUCAAAUGUAAUGUAUGGUGAUGAGUUUGAGCGGCAGCGGAGGCAGUCUAGUUGUAACAUUAGUGUGGUAAUUGAGCCUAGGUUAGCGUUGUGGACUGUGUGCGUGUGUGGUGUGCAGGCGGGUGCAGGCGAGCGCACUCGCCCCUCGCGGCAAGUGCAACAUGCGGCACAAUCCCGUGUGCUGGUGUCGAGUGUGAUUACUUCACUAUUUUUCAGUACUAAAUUUCAUUCCUAACUGUGGUAUAGUGUUAUUGACGUCAAAUUUAUGAUAAGCCUUUAUUCACACAGAUGUAUUUUUAAGUUAAGAGGUAAGCAUAAUCAGUGUACAUUAAGUCAUUGUCGACUAGUUGCCGGAGACAUUAUUCAAAUUGCGACACGUUUCAGAUUGAAAACUGUACAUAUAAACAUGUAAGAACGGUAUUAAUAAAACCAUUUUUAAACAAUUC